AUGGUUGCCAUUUCUUCCCCACAUUUUGUUAUAUUUCCUUUCAUGGCGAAAGGCCACACCAUUCCUCUUCUCUACCUUGCUCGCCUCCUUUGGCAGCGCCAUGUCUCCGUCACAAUAUUCACCACCCCGGCAAACUCUCUCUCGAUCCGAGCUACUCUCCAUGAUACUUCUAUCUCCAUUCUCGAACUAACCUUCCCAGAAAGCAUUGAUGGAAUCCCAUCAGGAGUUGAAAGUACUGAUAAACUUCCAUCUAUGUCAUUGUUUAUUGACUUUGCAACUGCAACAAGACUCAUGCAGCCACAAUUUGAGCAAGCACUUGAGGGUCUCGAACCCGUCAGCUGUAUCGUCUCUGAUUACUUUAUGGGAUGGACUCAAGAUUCUGCUGCAAAGCUGGGAAUUCCUAGAAUAGGUUUCUCUGGAAUGAGCUGCUUUGGAAUGACCAUGUAUGAAACACUUGGUAGACAGAAGCCACAUGCUCUCACAUCUUCACUUGAUGAGCCCUUUUCGAUUCCAAACUUCCCUAAAUUGACCUUAACAAGGAGUUAUUUUGAUCCUCCAUUCGAUCAACUCGAACCAAAAGGUCCAUGGGUCAAUUUCAUGAUUGAGCAGACAAUCGCACUAGCAAAUAGCUAUGGUUUAAUUGUCAACAGCUUCUAUGAGCUCGAAUCUUCUUACAUGGAUUACUGGAAUCGAUGUAUAGGACCUAAAUCGUGGUGUCUUGGCCCUUUUUGCAUUGCGAAAGCAAAGACGGUAGAAGACGAAUCUACCAAGCCAAAGUGGAAGCAGUGGCUCGAUGACAAAGUCAUGAUUGGAGAAUCAGUUCUCUACGUAGCAUUUGGCACUCAAGCAGAAGUAUCAGAAGACCAGAUUCUUGAAAUAGCCAAGGGCUUAGAGCAAUCUAAUGUGAACUUCUUGUGGGUGAUAAGAUCAAAAGCCAUGGAGAUACUGAAAGGAUUUGAAGAGAGGGUAAAAGAUAGAGGGUUGAUGGUGAAAGAGUGGGUUGAUCAAAUGGAGAUACUUCAGCACAAGAGUGUAAAAGGAUUCUUGAGUCAUUGUGGAUGGAAUUCGGUCACCGAAGCCAUAUGUGCUGGAGUUCCCAUUUUGGCACUGCCAUUCAUGGCUGAGCAAUACCUGAAUGCGAGACUUGUUGCUGAGGAGAUCGGUGUUGGGCUGAGAAUUAGGCCGAGCAACGGAUCAGUAAGGGCCUUUGUGAAAUCUGAGGAAGUGGAGAAGGGGGUUAGAGAAAUGAUGGAAGGUAGAAAAGGCGAGGAGAUAAGGAAGAAGACGAAGAAGGUUGGAGAAGCUGCAGUCAAUGCAAUGAGAGAAGGUGGUUCCUCAUGGAAAACUUUAGAUCAACUCAUCAUUGAUGUGAGUAACUAUGAAGCAAUUAGCUAG